AGGAAUGAAGUGUGAGGACGGAGAGAAACAGACGGCUGCUCUGCAGUCACACGCUCCGAGCUGAAGCAGCUUCAUCACUUCACUCUGUCUGAAUCUCAGGACGUGGCCUAUGCCUCCUUCCUCUUUGAUAAACUCCAGCGGCUCCAGUGUCCUCGCCGCGGCCGCCAUGCCUCUGUGGAUGCUCAUUGUGACGUGUGUGGCGCCUCCUUCCACCAGCUGAGACGUCUCGCUCUGCGUCGUGCUCUGGGCAUCAGCAGAGAGAUGACGCCUCGCCCUGCUGGCCCUGGUGUUCCCCCACCCCCCACCUCCACUGCCACCGCCACCUCCGCCCGGCCGAUGUCAGAUAAGCUGCCGCUGAAGCAGCAGAAGUGGUCGGUUGAGGAUCAUCAGGGGGGCAGGACUCUGUGGGGGUGGGGCGGAGUUCACAGCACCUAUCUGGGAGGGGGCGGAGCCAAAGGUCUGGCCACAGUCACACCUCUUCCUCUGAACGCACAGCACCACCUGGAGGGAGUGUGGAGGGUCUCCUGCUGCGCUCCUGAACACCUGCACGCUACGGCUCUGACAUCAGAUGCAGAUCAUGUGACCCCGAAGACUUCCACUCAGGACAUCAAACCAGCAGCUCACAGCGUCGCCACCCAAACCAGCCAACCUCCGUCUCCUGCCGCCGCCUUCUUCAUCAGGGCGGCUCAGAAGCUCAGUCUGUCCCGCAGGAAGAAGUCCCAGCCGGGCGCCGGGGCCACAUCGCCCGCUGAGGCCUCGGGGCCCUUGCUUUACACUGGGGGCUUCAGCGGGGCCCUGCAGCUGUCCCCACCCGCCGUCCCACCAUGCCUCCUCCGGGCCGGAUCAAAGGUCAAGGACACCCCGGGGAUGGGGAAGGUCAGAGUGAUGGUCCGGAUCUGUUCGGUCCACAGCAGCGAGUCUUCAGAGUCCAUGUCCCUCCUCAAAGUGGACGGCAGGAAGAAGCUGCUGACUCUCUGUGAGACGUCAGCCGGAGGACAAACUGCCGCCACCACCACCCAGAGACGAUCCUCCGCCUCCGCUCCAAAGACCUUCACUUUCGAUGCCAUCUUCUCCCAGGAUGCCUCACAGGCUGAGGUGUGUUCAGGGACGGUGGCAGAGGUCAUCCAGUCGGUGGUGAAUGGAGCAGACGGCUGCAUCUUCUGCUUCGGACACGAGAACCUGGGUAAGACCUACACCAUGAUUGGCCGGGACUGCUCCACCCAGAGUCUGGGCGUGGCUCCGACCGCCAUCUCGUGGCUGUUUAAGGUGAUCGAGGAGCGGAGGGAGAAGUCUGGAGCUCGUUUCUCAGUCAGAGUGUCGGCUGUGGAGAUCUCUGGUCGGGAGGAGACGCUCAGCGACCUCCUGGCUGAACUCUCCUCUUCCUCCUCAGGGGGGAGCCAGCAGGAGGCCCUGGGGCCCACAGUGUCCCUGAGAGAAGACCCCCUCUGUGGAUCCCAGCUGCAGAACCAGAUGGAGCUUCGGGCCACCAAUGCUGAGCGAGCGGCGUUUUUCCUGGAUGCCGCGCUGGCAGCGAGGAAGAGCAGCCGGGCGCCGAAUGACCAGGAGGUCCGGAGGAACUCUCACUUCCUGUUCACCCUGCACCUUUAUCAGGAGAGGCAGGACAAGAGCAACAAGGCGGCAGUGUCCGGGCGGAGUCGUCUCCACCUGCUGGAUCUGGGCAGCUGUGAGACAGACAUCAGCAGGACCAGAGAGGGAGGCGGAGGACAGUGUCUGUCUCUGUCCGCGCUGGGAAACGUCAUUCUCGCCCUCGCCAACGGAGCCAAGCAUGUUCCCUACAGGGACAGUAAGCUCACCAUGCUGCUCAGAGAGUCCCUCGGUAACAUCAACUGUCGAACCACCAUGAUCGCCCACAUCUCUGACUCCCCCACCAACUACAUGGAGACGCUGACCACAGUGCAGCUGGCGUCCCGCAUCCACCGCAUGAGGAAGAAGAAGUCCAAGUACGCCUCCAGCUCAUCCGGAGGGGAGAGUUCCUGCGAGGAAGGCCCGUCCCAUCGACCCCCUCAUCUUCAGCCCUUCCACCCUCGAACUGUGGCCCUCGACCCUGACACGCCCCUGCUGCUCUCCAGCGAUCCUGACUACUCCUCCAGCAGUGAACACUCUUGCGACACCGUCAUCUACACCGGGCCCGGAGGGGCGGCCAUCUCGGACCGAGAGCUGAGCGACAAUGAGGGGCCGCCUUCCUUUGUCCCCAUCAUCCCCUCCCUGAACAAGAAGCGAGUCAAAGACACCCCCUGGUCUGACGGAGACCACUUCAAGUGUAACACUUUUGCAGAGCUGCAGGAGAGACUCGACUGCAUUGACGGCAGCGAGGGUCCGGCCAUGUUCAGCACGGAGGUCAAAGCAGCACCAGCAGUGGCACUCAGGACUCAGGGUGGAGCUACAAAACCCACAGAGGCAACGUCUCCACCUAAACGUGAGAAGUACUCUUCCCACAGGUUCUUAGAAAGCACAAAUAAACCUGAUCAGGAACAAUCCAAAUCCCCUUCAGUCAGCGGCCUCCUGGACUCUUCCAGACGGAUGAGUGCAGAUGGGGAGAAACUUCCAGCCCCUCCCCCUCAGCCAUGUGGGGUAAAACAGGGUGGGGCUUUGGGCCAGGAUGCAGAGCCUGUGGUUCGAGAGAAGGUCUACCUCACAGGAGGUGUUCCCAAACCGUCAGCCUCACCGUCUAUCCCCAGGACAUCCAGGGCAGCGUCUCAGUCCGGAGGCAUUGUAGCCAGGACUCCCCCAGUCGGUAUGAGCCAACCAGCCUUGAGGCAAAGCCAACCGCUGGGGUCCCCCAGCAUGGAGAGGGCCCACAGUCUGCGGGCCGCUCUGUUAGGAAGAUGUCUGGACACAGAUUUUCUGAGGACGACCGUGACUCUGCAGCAGCCGGUGGAACUGAACGGGGAGGACGAGCUUGUGUUCACAGUUGUAGAGGAGCUUCCACAUGGCCUCGUCCCGGACAACGGCCGCCCCUCCAACCUCCUCAGCUUCAACACUGACUGCUCUCUACAGGCCUUAGCCUCUGGCUCCCGGCCUGUCAGCAUCAUCAGCAGUAUUAAUGAUGAGUAUGAUGCGUACACGUGUCAACAUGGAGCUCUGGGACCUGGGGCUGAUGCUGGCACCGAAUGCCAGGAAUUGCAGUUUUCCCAACAUGACAACAAGCAGUCCACUGACUCAUGGUUGAGAGAGGUGAGUGCUGAUUUGGCUGAAGCUGAAGGCGCUCAUUCAAGCAACGUUAGCAGGCUUUACGUGAGGGACAGAAUUGUGGCAUCACAGAGUGCGUCCAUGCUGUCCUCGCCAAGUAUGUUUCAUAUACAGCCGUUUCUGCAGCACGGCAUCAAGAGCUCCCUGAACGACAGCGGCAUCUGUUUCUCAGAGCUGGACAGUGACCCUGCUACUCCGAACAAACCUUCUCUGACAAAGUGCCCCCCCUCCCCUGACUCAACCAAAGCCUCUCCCAGAGGCUCUCUGAAGGUGAGAUCCAGCACCCUGAAUCCUUCAGUGUCUGCCCACAUUCCCCAUCACGCCGCCCAUUCCAGUCUUCCCAGGAAAAACAAGCUUACCUCAUCUGCAGCAGCAGCCUACAGCAGACAGGAAGGCAGACAUGAUGACUUUUUGCUUCAGGGAAGCAGCCACUUUGAUCCCAGAGGGGUGGAGUUUCUCUCUGCUGGUAAGCCACUGAGAAGUGGCACAAGUAGUGUUUCCUCUAAGAGGCCCGGCGGGAACAGUAACAGUGUGCCCCGCCCACCAAAGGCACAAACGUCAGCUCAGAGGGUUGUUGACGGCUGUGAGAAGUCCAGCAGCAGGAGAGGAGAUACUCUUAUCAAGCUGCCACAACUCACCAGGGGCGCAACAACUCUGGGAACCGUUUCUGUUCCCCAGAGUUCUGAACUGAAAUGGAGUAAUGAGGGCGUGUCAGUGACAGGGACCCUGAGGUUUUCAUCCCUGGGAAAAAAGUCAAACGGGCAGAAAAGCAGCGUCAUCUCCAAGUUUGGAUCUGGAAACAUCUCCCCUGCUGCUCCACCUGUCAGACAGUCGAGCCAAGAACAAAAGACAAAGACUGCGAUUUCUCCAAGUGCCUUAAAAACAAUCAGCGACACUGGAAAAUUACCGUUCCCUAAAACAUCAACCUCAGAGGAGGAAUUCAACAUCAGGCUGCGGGCCGAGUCGUUCACCCACAGGACAUCCAUGCUGAAAACUGAACAGGGCUCUGCGAGGAUGUCCUCCAGCCUGAAGACACGAGGGAUCAAAGCAGAUUCUUCCAGGUACCUUGGCAGUCUGAUGUCUCUGGAGAGAUGUGACAGUCAAACAGUAGGGUCCAAGCCUGAACCGUCCAGGGAGAGCAGUGGUGCUACUUUAGGAGGAAACAGCAGAUCCAACAGAUCAGUGCCAAAACUCGGGGUUCCAGCCUCCACCUCCACCUCUGCUGCUGCUUCACAACUUUCCUCUGCUGUCCUUGCACCUACAAGUAAGCUUGGUCAGGUCAAAAGCAGCAGCAGCUGUCGAGCAGCAGUUUCUGGUGGAUCAAAGGUUCGAACUCUGUCCGCCAGCACUUCCAAGAGCACGAGCUCCUCUCCUAAACCUCCUGAUAAUGGUGCUGCACGCAACACCAGCCUGUCUCCAACCGUUAAGUCGCCCGCUCGGUCGGGGGCAGGAGCCAAGACAGGAAGAGGCACCAUCAUGGGCACGAAACAGGCCAUCAGCAGGGCAGCUAACAGCCGCGUUAGCGAGCUAGCCACUGGUAGUCAAAGGAAGCAGCUCAGCAGGGGCACCGGAGUGACAGGAAGUGAUGGCACUGACAGCGGGACUAGUAGUAUCAGUGGUUCGCCAGUCAACAUGCCGCUGCCAUCACCUUACAGCAAGAUCACAGCUCCUCGCAGGCCGCAGCGCUACAGCAGCGGGCAUGGCAGUGACAACAGCAGCAUCCUCAGUGGGGAGCUGCCCCCCGCCAUGGGACGCACCGCCCUGUUUUACCACAGCGGGGGGAGCAGCGGCUAUGAGAGUAUGAUCCGGGACAGUGAGACCACCGGCAGCACCUCUUCAGCACACGACUCCAUGAGCGAGAGUGGAGUGUCCUCGUCCAAUAGGAGCAGAGUUUCCAAAUCGCCCAAGAAGAGAGGAAAUGGUUUCCUCCGGCGGCGUCUGAUCCCGGCUCCCCUGCCGGACCCCUCAUCCCUGGUCAGGAAGGUCGGGGGUCAGUGGGUGGACCUGCCCCCGCUGGGCGGCACACUGAAGGAACCCUUUGAGAUAAAGGUGUACGAGAUCGACGACGUGGAGCGCCUGCAGAGGAGGAGGGAGGUGGUGACGGGGUCAGAGCCGUUCCAUGAUGUUGAAAAGGGUCUGCUGUACUUUAACGCCCGGCUGAGGAUGCUGGAGAAGCGACAGCAGCAGAUCAGAGAGCUGAAGAGCAAACACGAGAGGCUGAAGGUGGAGCUGGAGGAGGCCAAGAGCCGGCUGAUGCUCCACCCCAGCAAGUGGAGCGGAGAGUUCGACGUGGACCAGGACCUAGACCGGGAGUCCCAGGAGUACCUGGAGGCUCUGGCUCAGGUCACGGCGGAGCUGGAGUACUGCGUCAACCUCUGCAAGUCCCGCGUCAUGAUGGAGACAUGCUUUGACAUCGCUGUGACACUGGCCGCCGCCGCCACGCAGGGAGGACAGCAGGAGGUGGAGGUGUGAGAGGAGAGACGGGGAUGGGCGUAUUAAAAGAGCACCACUGCUGUCAGCCUGCCCCCUGUGGCUACUCACAGUACUGCAACAAAAAAAAAACUACUGAGGCCCCAAAAACACUGACAGUCAUGCACAAGGGAGCAACUUUGAUUAAAAUGAAUGAGUGAAAUAUUGAAGUGCAGUUUCUAGCUCUGAUAACACGUUCAUGGCGACCAAUGGGAAGCGCAGAAUGGGGAGGAGUCUCUGUGGCAUAAUGACAAAGGACAUGAUUUAUUGUCCUGAGCAGAAAUUCAUUUUUCAGGACAUCACAGGAAAACUCUGACGUCAUUUAUCUCAGCGGACAAAACGUCCGACAGACUCAUUCAUUCAUUCGUUUAAUCAAAGUCAAAUCUCUGAAGACUCAAACAGAUGAGACGGAGACGGAGACAGAGGAGCUGCAGCUGGAACAAACAGGAAGUUAAAAACUCAGAACAUGUCGGUGACAACUGAUGUAAGAAAACUGUUUUUGGAUGUGUUUCCAUGGUGACCGACGUUUGUCCUCUGUGGAGACGUCCCAUCAAAGCAGAGGAACACACCGCUGGUCCUGAGUCAGUGACGACGAACAGAUCUCAGAGAGGAUGAGAGUUCUGGAAGUGCCUUUCUAUUUAUCAUCUAAUUUAAUACAUUAAUUAUUUAUUCUGAUUUUAUAUAUUUAUCAUGUCUGUUUGUUUUUAUGGUGCUGAUCAUAAAACUUUAAUAUAUUAGUUAUGCAAAAAGCUGAUGUGUGAUUUCAAACUGUAUUUAAGUUUGAGCGAGAGAAGAAAAAAAGGAGACGGAGAGACGAGCAAUAAUUCAGUUAUUAAUACAGAGCUCAUCUCACUGGAUGAUUUGCUGCCUUUGACUCGACACACACUGACUCACAGCUUCUGUCAGAUUAUCAUUUAAAGAUAAAUCUCCUCCUUAUCGUCUCAUGAAAUGUGAACUCAUGUUGAAAUAAUUUAGUCUCAUUGUUUUUGACGUUUAUCCAGAUUAAACAUGACUCCAUAAAUCCUCUCAGAAAUCAGAGACAAAAAAUCAUCAUGUUUCCUUCAGCUCAGUGUGAACAGACACACCUCGCCAGCUCUGACGGACAGAAAUACGUUCUGAUGGUAAAGAACCUGAAAGCAGAAACUGUCGGUCGUCUCUGAGACCAGAACCAAAGAGCAGGAAACAGGAGCAAACUGAGUCCAGCAGACGAGCUCUGGUUCUUGAAACCUUGGUUCGAUCUGGAGAACCAGUCUGAGUUUCCACCAGCAGAACCAUUGAAAUCAAGGACGUGUCAUCAGAGGAAGGUUGUGCGGUGCAUGUUAGAAGUAAACAGUUGUAGCAGGACGACAGAUCACUCUGACGACCUGUGAGCUUCUAGUCUUUUUCCUGACGAGUUCUCGUUAUGUUUCUCGUUUGUUGCCGUCUCUAUCGUCUCUUUCCAACCUGUAGACUAUGACACGCCCUCUGAUGUCAUCAUGUUUCAAACAUCCAUUUUAGAAAUGCCUGCCGUUUGUUGGUUCAGAAACAACUUUCUGGGCUCCAAACCAGUUUAAUUUUUUUGAAAUGCUCUGUCCAGUUCAUGAUGAGGUGCAGGAACCAGAACAGAAGCUGUUUUAUGUUGGUGGAAAAGUGACCUGAGAGACUCGACUGAUUCAAACUGAGACGAGUCUGUGAGCUGAAAAUGUUUCACUGAUUGAAGACGACAAACAACAAACUUCAUCAGUCAAAUAUCAGCUCUCCAAAUUCAAUAUUUAAACAUCUAAAAAAGUUGAUAUUUUUGCAACAUUUUACGACAUUUUAUAAACAUUUUUGAGACAUUUUAUUAAUACGUGUUGAACAAUUUAAUAACAUUUUUAUGACCUUUUUUCAGUAUUUUUUUUCAGAUAUUUUAUUAUUUUUUUGACAUUUUAUCAACAUUUAUUAAGACAUUUUUAAACUAGUUAAAGAGUAUAUUUGUUUUUCUGUCAGGUGCCUCAGCUGUGGCAGGAGAUAUCAUGUUUUCAAGCCCAUUCUCAUAAACAUAAUAUGUCAACAACAUGCUGAGGGAAUUUUUAAAACUUUGACUCAAACGUCCACCUGGACUCAACAAUGAACUGAUUAGAAUUUUGUGGUCAAAGGUCACUGUGACCUCACAAAAUAUGUUUUUGUCCAUAACUGAAGAAUUCAUUCACUAAUUCUGACCAAACUUGACACAAAUAUCUAACAGUAUAAAAUAAUGAAGUUCAAAGGGUCAAAGGUCAGCUUGACUGUGACAUCAUCAUGUUUUAACGCCAUAUCUCAGGAACAGAAGGGGAGACAUUUGGUCAGAUACUGAAUUGGUGACUCUAAUCUUGAAACUGUGCUGAUUGUAUAGAUCUUCUGUGUGUGAAGCAUCCAUGUUUUCACUGACAUGGAUGGAGACUGACUCUGUUCAUCAAAAUGCUUCAAAGCCUGACAUUCAAUAACAGUGUAGAAACCAGGCUGAGUCACACUGUCAUCCUGAGGAGUCAUUCAUUCAUUCAAAUUUCUAACUUUGUUUCUUCAACCAUUUUUUCCUCUUUAACUUUCUGAAGUGUCUAUUCUUCUCCUUCUUCUUCUUCUUCUCCUUCUUCUUCUCCUCCUCCUCCUCCUCCUCCUCUUCCUCUUCUUCUCCUCCUCCUCUUCCUCUUCUUCUCCUCCUCCUCCUCUCCUCCUCCUCCUCCUCCUCCUCCUCCUCCUCCUCUCCUGGUCAGUCGACAUUAAAACAUUCUCAGACCGUUUUUAAAGUUGCUGCAUGAAAACUUUUCUUCUUCUUCUUCUUCUUUAAACAUGUGAUGUUCUGCUUCUGUUUCUUUAGUUGUGUUUGUCUUAGAAGAAAAAGUGAGUUUUGCCAAACACAUUUUUUUAAAGUGACGUGAGACCUUUACUAACUCUUUUUUUUAUUUCUUUUGGUACUGUACAGUUUUCUAAUCAUUUGUAAAGAAAAGAGAAGAGUUUGGAAAACAGUGUACAGGCUGGGUGGGUCGCCUCGUGUCAUACAUGU